CACAGGCAAAUUAUAAAUGACAGUGUCUUGUUGGUAAGACAAUAUUCAAACUCAUCUUUCCAUCACUCCAAAAUCUGAGUGGUCUUAUUUGAGGAACUGGGAUUUGUUUUUCCUUUUAUCUUUCAGAGGAUGAACAAUCAAUACAUCCGCCGAGAGGUCUUCUGCUGUGAAACUUGUCACGAGCUCAAAAGCUUCUGGGAAAAAGAAAUUAGCAAACAGACUUGUUAUCGAGAGCUGGAAGAAGAUCGUCGGGGAAGAAGUGCUCUGAGAAAGCUCAGAGAAGAAUGGAAGCAGAGGCUGGAGAAAAGGCUGAGGAUGCUGGACAACCCUGAUGAUGAAGAAAAACAGGAAAACACAGUCAGCUGA